CUUUCCUGCAAAUUUAGAAACACCACCCUUAGGACCCAUUUUCUUCUUUUCCUUCCCCCCAUGUGAGGAGCCCGACGGAUGUUCUACAACAUUCUCCCUCGCCCCUCCAUUUCUUCUAGCAAGCCCUUCCUCUCGGAUCCUCAACCACGUGAGCAGUUGCUCCAAGUUCAGCUCCGUUCUCUUGAGCUUGAGGUCGGCUUGGAAGUCUUCCCACGACCUGGGAAGUUUGUGGAUGAUGGCCGCCACUUGGAAGGCCUCGCUGACGCCUACUUUUUCUUCAUUGCACUUAUUGAAGAUUACCGUAAGCUCCUCAGCCUCGGCGACAACAGAUUUGCUGUCGACCAGCGUAAACGGGGUACAUCGAAUCUCCCAACCCCUACAGGAUAAUGUUGAUGGCGAGAUAGUUGUUGUGGUACCAUGCUUGGUUCACCAUCGCCAUGAGGGGAUCGUUGGCUUCAUUGGGCUGGGGGGAUCUUGCUGCAGAAUGUCCGAUUUAACUCCGAGCAUCAGAGUUUAAGCAAACCUGCAACCCAGGCUCCAGGCUUAUAGAUGGGUUCAACCUCAAUAUUGUGGGCCACCUGUGGCAAUUCAAAUGUUAUAAAUAAUGUUGAUUUUCAUCAAGAUUGAAGUGACAAAAAUGAUCAAGGAGAUGGAGCUGAGGAGCUAGAGCUUAAAUGAAUUUUAAAUUUAUAU